GGCUUUGUUAGCAAUUGGAAAAUUUUCCAGCAACAGUUUUCAACGCAAUCAUGUUCGGAAGCCCCUUGAGAAGGAUGUCAAAAAUUAGCAUUGCCCUGAAUGGAACAUGGAUGCUUUUGAUGUUUUCCACAAUAAUGACUUUAAGUUGCCUGGCGUUAAUGACAAGGGAGGUGGAGGCCCUAACUAAGCCCAAGGCAAUAAAACCGGAUUUCGCCUCAUCAUCUCUGUUGAUGAAGGGCCCCAGGAGAAUUUUACGUCAUCAUCGCCUGAGACGUGAUACUUAUGCCGACGAUGACGAAAACUACGAAAUCAUACCUUCAUUUGCCGGGCAAGUGGAAGAUGGACCCAAAUCUCCCGGUGACCAUAUAUCCGAAAAAGCCGAACAAAUCGCCCAGACCUUUGCCAACAUGUGGCAGUCAAUGGUGGACACCGCCAAACAUUUUGCCGAUGCCAUACGCCAACUCUUUACUGCCGAUGAGGAGGAAUAUCAUUUGACUGCUGAAGAGAUGGCGGCACGUGGCCAAGCCAUUGAGGAGCAAAAUGAAAUUUGGCGUAGUACCUAUGAAAAUCAAUUAUAAGGGAAAAAAGGAAGGACAAUGUAGAGGAGGAUGGAGAGACGAAAAGGAGUACAAAUAACAAAUGAUGGCCAGACAUAAUGAUUGUUGUAUUUUUGGCAAAAGUAUCGAAUUUCCUGAGGUAUAAUCAGGGACAUUUAAGAUACUUGAGUACUUGAGUUUUUUUAAACGUGAAUACGAAAUGUGAUUUUUAACGCU